UGAAUAAUUUAAAUGGUCCUUACAGAAAGUGUUUGAACACACAACGACAAAAUGCUGCUCUUACCUUAAACGAACAAACCGAGGAUUCACAACAAGCUUUAAACAGACUCGUCGUGGAGUUAAAGUACAUCGCGUGGAUUUUCAAAGCACACUUUAAACAUGUAACAGUGUUGAUAUAACUUUCAAAUAUUUAGAUUCGCAAGAAAUACCGGCAUUUAAAAGAAUUUCUUUCCGAAGUUGUACCGGAUGAGGAUCUAAUCGAAAGAGAGGAGAACAAACUUAAACAAACUGUGUAUCAAAUGGAAUAUUCAAAAGGAGAUUAUUCACCUCGUGCGAAAACAUAUGGAAAAUGGAAAGACAUUCGUUUACCGGAAGACUGGAUCAUAUCGGAAACCACUCAAACCAACUCCUACAGAAACCCAUGGAAAAUUGCAACGGAAGACUUGAUACGGCUAAAGAAAGCAAAGAAACCUCCAGACAAUUUAGUACCCAAUAGAAAAGAAAGAGAAAUUCUUCGUAUAAGAACUGGAGAUUCAGAAUACGAUGCAAAGAUAGGUGCUACCGGAAAUCGAGUAGUAAAAGAAUGUUUGUUCGGUCCACCGUUACCUGUUGAACCACAAAUAUACACUAAAGGACCCGACAGUCCACCGUCUGAAUGCUCGGAAAUACUGGCAGACAAGAAAUUUGUACUUCCUUCCAACAUAAUCUAAUCUUUUGUCCGAUCUUCCCGUUAUCUCCCAUUUUCACCAGAAUAACAUUAUUUUCAGUAAUCACUUAUUAAAAUUAAAGAUAAGCUAUUGGCGAAGGAUUACGUUAAUUAAAUCAUCAGACACGAAUUAUUACAAAACACAACCCAUGUUGUUUUGCUUGUACAUAGCCACUUUACAAAUAUAUUAUUUCCUAUUUUCACUCAACUUAAUUAUUCAUUUACAAUACAAUAGUUCGCAUUCACGCUGAACACACAGUAUCACAUUCCACGUAAAUCUUUCUUACAUUACAUUCGUACAAGUUAUUUACAAUUCUACCCAACUUUAAGAUCAUUUAAC